GUCUGUGUCUGUGUCUGUGUCUGUGUCCGCGUGUGUGUGUGUGUCCGCGUGUGUGUCCGCGUGUGUGUGUGUGUCCGCGGAGGCCUCCUUGGAAGGUAGGGGGGGAGAGGAUAAAUGACGUGGUCAUGUGGGAGGGACGCGAUUCGGGACCGUUCGGUUCAGUAGCGACCCCUGUGGUCGGCCUCACGUGGGUGUUCCGCCUCGAAGCGCGUCCAAUGGGUUAAUAUUAAAUGUGGCUCGUGCUGGUGACGGGGACUAAUUGGCAAAAGCCGGCGGAUCAAUUAGAUCCGGGAGGAAGUCGGCGGACUUGUUGAGGACGUUUCGACCCGCUUCUGGAGGACUACUGGAGCUUUGUAUGCCUUUCGACCAGGAACUUCUCCACGUUUGUUCUUCGAUUCGCCACAGUGUACCCUUCCCUCCCUGCUAACUCCCUGUGUCAACCGAUUGGCUUUCUCAGCGCCCCAAGCUAGCCCCCGGGCCUCGGCUCAGGCACCAUGAGCUGGAGCUUCCUCACGCGGCUGCUGGACGAGAUCUCCCAGCACUCUACCUUUGUGGGCAAGGUGUGGCUGUCGGUGCUCAUCAUCUUCCGCAUCGUGCUGACGGCGGUGGGUGGAGAGACCAUCUACCACGAUGAGCAGAGCAACUUUGUGUGCAACACGCAGCAGCCCGGCUGCGAGAACGUCUGCUACGACGCCUUCGCGCCGCUCUCGCACGUCCGCUUCUGGGUCUUCCAGGUGCUGAUGAUCACCACGCCCACCAUCAUGUACCUGGGCUUCGCCACGCACAAGGUGGCCCGCAUGGGUGACCCCCAGUACCAGCCCACCCGCCGCGCCCGCAAGCGCAUGCCUAUUGUGACCCCCGGGGCCGCGUGCAACUAUGAGGAGGCAAUGGAGGACGGGGAGGAGGACCCCAUGAUGGAGGAGGAGAUCGAGCCCGAGAAGGCGAAGGCGGACAAUGGCCCGGAGAAGAAGCACGACGGCCGGCGUCAGAUCCAGGCGGACGGCCUGAUGAAGGUCUAUGCCUGCCAGCUGCUGACCCGCGCCGCCUUCGAGAUGGCCUUCCUCUACGGCCAGUUCCUCCUGUACGGCUUCCACGUUGCGCCGGACUACGUGUGCACGCGUCUGCCCUGCCCCCACACGGUUGACUGCUAUGUGUCACGGCCCACCGAGAAGACCAUCUUCCUGCUGAUUAUGUACGUGGUGUCCUUUCUCUGCCUGCUCCUCACGCUCCUGGAGAUGGUGCACCUCGGCGUUGGCGGCCUCCGCGACACCUUCCGCCGCAGGGCCACCCUGGCGUCCCGAACCAGGCCAGCCCGAGGAGGAGGAGGAGGAGGAGGAGGAGGAGCCUCGGCGCCCCCAGGCUACCACGUCACGGUGAAGCAUGACCGGCCCAAGGAGGAGGCCGGGACUGGGCUCCUGCCGCUGGCGGACUCUGGGCGGGAGAGUCCCGGGGUGGAGGGUGGCGGUGGUGGCCAGGAGCUGGAGCGGCUGCGGCGGCACAUAAGGCAGGCCCAGUUGCAGCUGGACCUGGUGGGCCAGGGGGGCAGCGGGGGACUGGACCCCACAGCGGCCGUGCAGAACCGGCACAACCUCACCGAGGAGAGGCGCGCCGAGGGUGGAGAGAAAGGAGUACAUGCCUGAGCCGGCUUCCCACGGGCCCCGAACGGAAGGACGCAUCCAUAGAAGGGAGAAAUGUCGAACAAGCCGGGAAAACCAAAGUGUGAGUGAGGGAGAGGUGUUUAUGUGUGUGAGAGGGAGAGGGAAAUGUGUGUUUCUGUAUUAAAGGCCCAAACAACAAAUACAAUCCAAAGAAACCGUCGUUGUCUCAGGAGUGUUGUGGUUAGAGCACGGUCUCUGCUUGCAUGUUGAAGCCAGGGUCGUCUUCUGUACCGCUGGCACCGCUUUGGGGGUCCCCUGCCUUGUUCGUUAAGUUUUGUUUUUUGAAAGGGGUUCAAGGUUCUGCUCUUUUGUUCUCCUCCCUUUCAAAUGUGUGGGUGGGUGGGGAUUUUGUGUGGGUGACAGUUGAUGAGUUAUAUUCUGUCACCACUUUACAUUUCAACCCAAUAUGCGUGUGUGGAUUCGUAUGCCACUCCUUGUAUUACGCAGAAACUCAAAUUUAAGAUGUUUACCUGGGAAAAGCUUGAAACUAUUUCUACAAUGACUGGACGGUGUUUUGUUCGAGUUGACAAGACCAUACUAUUGCAAAUGUUGGCCUUUGACUGUUGAGCUUUAAGUCUUAUUUUUCGUUUUGCUUUUGGUAAUUACCUACUUUUCUGAGAAGAAAUUGUGGCACUUUAACGUUUUCUGGUUCGAUGCUGGCUUUCGCAGGUUUAAGUCAAGUGUGUGUGUGUGUAUGUGUUAUAGGCCUGCAAAUGGUUCCUGAUGGUUUAACCCGUUUGUCUUGCAGUCUUUACCCCCAUAACAGCCUAUGUGCAGAUUCCAUCUGACUUCAUGUUGAUAGGCAUUUUAAAACACCAACGUUGUAGCUUAUCUGGUUGUCCACCUGAUGGAGUCUUGCUGUCGAGGCCUGCUGGGAAUAAGACUUUUAGUUGUCUGGAAUGUGAUGAACUUGAGCUGGUUUGUGUAUUGUAAAGUUGUCAACAGUUUAUUUUUUUAUUUUUUUCACUAAGGAAUACUUUACACAUGGUACAACAUUCCCUUUUAAUAUGGUUUGGCUUUGUAAUUGUUUUUUUUUGUAAUUUUCUAACGGCCAGUUAAUAAAUGCAUUUGAAUGCA